GCUAUUCUUAACGUUAAUUCCUGCCUGACAAAUCCACUAAAUAUGAGUCCUUCGAAGGGUAAGAUGAAGGAAUUCACAAAGUCACGGCGUCGACGAACAAAGCACGUGAGCAGCGCCUGUGAGACUUGUAGACAACGGAGAAGAAAGUGUGAUAAGAAGCGGCCAUGUAAUCAAUGCAAGAACGCGGGAUGGGAAUGUAAAGAACAAGUCAAGAAAGACUUGAGGGGAAAGGAUUUUCGUCAGGAAGAGGCGUGGAGGGCAAGAUUAAUGGGUCAAAUCAUAGACAUAUGCCAGGAUUCAACCACUCUAGAGUUCAUGGAUCUCAUGACGGUCUUCCACAAUCAACCCUCGUGUGAGGAUAUUGAUCGGGUUCUCAACAACACAAAAAAUUCACAAAGAUUGGCCGCGAGACAAUAUGAAGUGUUCCCAAAUGAUGACCGACAAAUAAUGUUGCCUGGCUACCAGCCCGACCGCUAUGAACACGGUUUCCAGACGACCAUUCCGCACAGGCACCCAAAUAUGAGUAGGGAGAAGUAUGUUGAGCUGCGGGUGGACCGCCAUGUGAAAACAAAGAGUGAUAACCAUACCAGCAUAGAUGCUGGCAGGCAAAGGAUCAGUAUUCAGGCACUGACACUCCCGUGAAUGGCGACAAAUGUUGUCGGUCCUCAACACCUGCAUCCACAUCUCUCGCCAUUCCCAUAAAUACUUUGAAAAACAAUCUGCGAAGGAUAUCUGCAUCAGAAGGGU